AUGUCUCAUUCAACAUCAUCGCUGUUUGAGACAUGUUUCCAGCGGUUGAGUCAGCUAAUAUCAUCCGGGCGAUUAACAGCAUAUGAAAAUGAGGUACCGGUAGUUCUCUGGCAAGAUGAGCUCGGCCGACUCCGGAUCUGGGCAAAGGAGACGCAGUUAUCGUCUCUGGAUGUCCGACUGAGUGAUGCGUUCCAUACUCAAGAGGAUCUCUUCAUCAUCUUCCGUCAACUACAACGGGCUCUUGCCGAUAUGCGGGAUGUCUUAGAUGGUACUACAGCUGACGAGGCCAUGUCUGAUGAGGACACCGAUGACGAUGAUGUUGACGGGACCGAAAUGGUCAUUCUUUGGCCUGCACAUCACCCAUUGGUGUCGGGCAAGGUAGUGGGACUUUCAAGAUAUGCUUCAUCUGCGGAGACUCGCUCCACAACACGGACGAUGGUUGAAAAUGAGGCCGCUACCGCCAUGGGAUUCAAACCUAUUUUACCGGAGGAAGAAGCCAUCUGGCGCGAUCCUCGUAUUCAUGCCAUGGGUAUUCACGACUCGUACGUUGGUGCGCAGGAGGAUCCUGAUACAUUGAGGCAACAUGCGAUGGAAAUAACACAAGCCGCCAGCCCAGAUCGCAUCAAGCUCUUCUACAAUGGCCAGGUGUUGGAAGACGACUCGCUUCCUUGCCGAGACGAAGGGCUCAAAUCAAAGUCAACAAUCCACUGUGAGGUUCUCGAUUCAGACAAGACCGAUAAUCAAGGCAUUUCCCAAGCCACACGCAGAGAGUAUGAGGAGAUGCUUCAAUUCAGCAAAAGCAAGACGCAGACUGGCCCCUUGGACAAAGGCAAAAACAAAGACAGAAUGGGAAAUGCUAGCCUUGACCAGUUCGCAUUAUCUCCCCCCUGCCAGUCAUCCUCUCCACCGCAGGCUCCCGAUCUCAGCACGUUCAAAACUGCCGCUGAGCAACUGUUGGCCUUAGAAUCACACUUGCGGGAGGUGCUGGCACCACUGUGUGACUCCUUCAUUACAGAUCCUCCCACUGAUAAGGAAGUGCGCAACUCAGAGCAUAAGAAACUUGAAGAAACAAUCCUAGCACAGGUGAUUCUCAAGGCACAGAACAUUGAGAUCUCUGGUUAUGGUUGGUCGUGGAUUCCCAGCCGUAUCAGGAGGCUGUUACUUAUCAGGAGAGCUCAAAAAAUGCUCCGCAAACUUGACCAGGCAGCUAAAUUGGGAUCUGGUCAGUGGUUCUAG